CAUUACCCAAGCUGUGUGCUUUGCUGUGUGUGUCAUUGUUAGUGGUGCACACGCGGACCCGGAAGAUUCAAACUCCGGGAAAGCUCUUAGUCGUCCAUCGGAGGCCCGAAAGAAAACACAAUGGCGGCGCCCGUGUAGCCUGCGCCUGGACGGACGAUUCUCUUGUCUUCUUAGGAUUGAAAACAAUUUUGAAUGGAAAAUGGAAGGCGUAGGAGAAGACGAACCGGAUCCCAUAAAGCUCAAGUCUAUCAAGAACAAUAAAAGCUUCACAGUGCCUCAGAGUGACCGGUUCGGGAGCUGCAGAAGUGUUCGAGAGUUUGAGAAACUUAACCGCAUCGGAGAAGGGACCUACGGCAUUGUGUACCGAGCCCGAGACACCAAGUCGGAAGAGAUUGUAGCGCUGAAGAAGGUCCGGAUGGACAAGGAGAAAGAUGGGGUCCCCAUCAGUAGCCUCAGGGAGAUCACCCUGCUGCUGAGGCUGAGACACCCCAACAUUGUGGAGCUGAAGGAGGUGGUCGUGGGCAGUCACCUGGAGAGCUUGUUCCUGGUGAUGAGCUACUGUGAACAGGAUCUGGCCAGUCUGCUGGAGAACAUGCAGACGCCGUUCUCCGAGGCUCAGGUGAAGUGUAUCAUCCGCCAGUUGCUCAGAGGCCUGGAGUACCUCCACCACAACUUCAUCAUACACAGGGACCUGAAGGUGUCUAAUCUGCUGAUGACGGAUAACGGCUGCGUUAAGAUUGCUGACUUUGGGUUGGCCCGGAUGUACGGCAUCCCCCAGCAGCCCAUGACCCCCCGAGUGGUCACCCUGUGGUACAGAGCUCCAGAGAUUCUCCUCGGGACCAAGACCCAGACCACAGCUCUGGACAUGUGGGCUGUCGGCUGCAUCCUGGCGGAGCUUCUGGCUCACAAACCUCUGCUGCCGGGAACCUCUGAGAUCCAUCAGGUCGACCUGAUAGUUCAGCUGCUGGGGACACCCAACCAAAACAUCUGGCCAGGUUUCUCUCAGCUGCCCCUCAUUGGUCAGUACAGCCUGAGGAAGCAGCCAUACAACAACCUGAAGAAUAAAUUCACUUGGCUCUCUGAGGCUGGACACAGACUGCUCAACCUCCUCUUCAUGUACAACCCACAGCGCAGAGCUACUGCCAAAGACAGCUUGGAGAGUUCCUACUUCAAAGAGAAGCCUCUACCCUGCGAACCGGACCUGAUGCCCACCUUCCCCCACCAUCGCAACAAGCGGGCGGCGUCCUCGUCUGACAGCCACCCGAAACGGAUCAAAGUGUGACGGGGAGACUCAAGACAACAUUUUCUGGAAUGGAUGUUGGUUUCUGCUCACGAGGACUACUUUUAUUCUGGAAUAUCCAGCUAGUGUGGACCUUUUUGAUUAGCAUCAAAGCUAAAGCCACAAGCUUCAUUUGUUUGCAGCACCGUAAGCUUUUCAGACGUUGUCUUAAUAUUCAUAUUGCUGUGCUCCAAAUGAAAUGAAUGAGGACAAAGUUGCCUUGACUAAUGUCCACUUUUCACAUUUGAGAUGUUUUAUAAGAAGUUUCUUCUGUAUCAUUUUGAAUUCCUAACAUCAAACUGUACUUUCAAAAGGCACAAUGAGUAGAAACUUACUGCGUUAGUGCUUUCUAAAUCAAAAAACAAAAUGCUUAUUCCCUUUUGUUUGUGUUGUUUGACAUUCAGGGUUCAUUCAGUAGCGAUCCAGUUAAAGCCUUUUCUCUUAACCACAGCAGCACAAACAGUAGCCUACUAAGCACGAGUCCAUCACUCUGCUACCCCUCCAAAGGCCGGUGCUGUGCUUUGGGCUCACACUCAUUUCUUUGAACCCAUCGGUUUCAUCACAACCCGUCAGUGAGUUAGCUAACAUACGUACAACAUGACUAAAACCCUCGGGCCACAGAAGAAUGGAUCUCAUUUCUCAAACCUGGACUGAGCUGUAGAGAAUGUGUUAAUUGACAUGUGGAACCAGCCACUGUGCCUUGGUUCAUUUGAAACGUUUUUAAUGCAGGUUAAAUCAGUAGUGAUGGUUACACUGACCUCCAGUUAAGUAGUACACUUAUGCUAAUCUAUCACAUGAGUGACAGCCAGAGGUCAGAACGUCAGCAGAUUAAAAGAGGACUUUGUACUUCGUCUUAUUGUCACUGGAGGAGCAGACCUUAAACAUGUGGCGUACAUCGCAUCCCAAAAGGAAAAAAAAAAAUACUGCAAGUGUAAACAUAUUGUAUCUGUUAUAGUCAGUCAAGUUGUAUAAAUAAUGUUGGGUAACACAAGUUGCUCCUCAUCAUUUCUAUGAAAAGGAAAACUUAAAACAUUUAAAUACAUUUUAAAUAAAAAACACCCACAAAGGCCAAGGUCAGUGUGGCUCGCACUCAAGUGUAUUCUGGGAAACAUCCACAUGGUCACCCCAUGUAAGCGUAGCAAUGAAUGAAUUGAUUCUCAACCUCAAAUAUUAAUAUAUUAAUUUAAGUUUUUCUCUAAGAAAAUUUAACUUUCACGCCACAAAGGAUGAGAGCACUUCAUCUGCUGAGGAAAAUCACUUGAUGCUCCAGAAUAGCUACCAAUUGAACCUGUGACAACCUGUUUUCUUAAGAGCAGAUUAAGAGUUUUUCAAUAAAGUUUUGGGAUUGAGGGAACCUGUAAAUCAA